ACCAACAUUUCGGCUCCUUCUAGACUGCUGGACUGCUGGACUGGGCUGUUAGAAAGUCCUCAGCUCUCUGAACGUCGAGACACGAAGAAACCAGUUCCUUUUCUCCCAGUUACCACAGACCACAGCGGCGUUGGGAUACAUUUAGUGUAACGUGUGGAUUGGUGAUUUUAUGGCCAAUUUGCUCUGGACCAACCUGGCGUGAUGUACCUCACUACCACAGACACCGAGUUUCACAUCAACUGAGUCGGUUUGGGGAAGAGAGCUGACGACCUGAGGAGGGGAAGAUGACAGCUCUAAUCCCAGCACUGCUUCUGCUGGCUGGCAUCUCUGUGGCAUUCACUCUGAAGGUGGUGUCGAAGAGAGGCUCAGUGGACGGCUGUACGGACUGGUCAGUGGACUAUCUGAAGUACCGGGUCCUGCACGGAGAGCCGGUGCGGAUCAAGUGUGCUCUGUUUUACGGCUACAUACGCGCUAACUACUCUCAGGCUCAGAGUUCAGGUCUCAGUCUGAUGUGGUACCGUAGCUCAGGCCUUGGUCACGGAGACUUUGAGGAGCCCAUCUCCUUCAACGGCCUGCGCAUGAGCAAAGAGGAGGACGCCAUCUGGUUCAGACCUGCCGAACUGCAGGACGCUGGCCUCUACUCCUGCGUGCUGAGGAACUCGACGUUCUGCAUGAAGGUGUCCAUGACUCUGCUGGUGGCUGAUAAUGACACAGCGGCCUGUUAUAACUCCAAACUUCGCUACACAGAAAAGGCCGAACUGGGCAAGAGCAAGGACAUCUCCUGCCCUGAUAUUCAGGACUAUGUCCAGUCUGGCCAAAUGCCACAGAUCACAUGGUACAAGGAAUGCAGUGAGUGGCAGUGGAGGACAAGUAUACUGCAAUCUGGAGACACGUUAUCCAUUCAGGAGGUGACGGAGGAGGAUAUUGGGAACUACACCUGUGAGAUACCCUUUGCAGGCUUCUUGGUGCGCCGCACCACCCACCUGAGUGUGACAGCUCCUUUGACUGAAGAGCCUCCAAAGAUUCUGUUCCCUCCUGAAAACAAGCUUCUCACCUUGGACAUGCAGAUGGGCUCUUCGGUCAAUCUGACGUGCCGUGCGUUCUUCGGCUACAGCGGCGAUGUCAGCCCUCUCGUGUACUGGAUGAAAGGGGAGAAGUUCAUCGAGGACAUGGACCAGAGCCGCAUCCGCGAGAGUGAUAUCAGGACUAUUCGGGAGCACCUGGGCGAGCAGGAAAUGUCCAUCACUUUGACCAUAGAUUCAUUAGAAGAAGGAGAUCUGGGCAAUUACUCGUGUUAUGCUGAGAACGGAAACGGAAGACGACAAGCAAGCAUACAGAUCAGCAAACGAGUGGAGCUGAUGUACACCAUGGAGCUGGCUGGGGGAUUAGGAGCCAUUUUGCUGCUGCUCGUGCUGCUGCUCUCAGUGUAUAAAUGCUACAGGAUUGAGCUGCUGCUCUGCUACAGACACCACUUCGGAGGAGAGGACUCGGAUGGCGGUCAUAAGGAGUAUGAUGCCUACCUGUCCUAUAGUAAAGUGGAACUAGAUCAGUGGGGGCAGGAGCUGCAGGAGGAGGAGCACUUUGCCCUGGAGAUCCUUCCUGAUGUUUUGGAAAAGCACUAUGGCUACAAACUCUUUAUCCCAGACAGAGAUCUCAUCCCCACCAGCAGUCUCAGCAGUGAACAUUACCAGGAUGAGACACAACUUGUUAGAGCAUACAUUGAGGAUGUGGCACGCUGUGUGGAGAUGAGCAAGCGUCUGAUUAUUGUACUGACUCCUGGCUAUGUGCUGAGGCGUGGCUGGAGCAUAUUCGAGAUGGAGUCGCGCCUUCGCAGCUCUCUAGUGUCAGGCGAGAUCAAGGUGAUCCUUAUCGAGUGCGCGGAGCUGCGUGGUAUCAUCAACUACCAGGAUGUGGAGGAACUCAAGCAGUCGAUCAAGUCUCUAACCGUGGUGCGCUGGAGUGGGCCAAAAAGCAACAAGCCUGGUUCACGUUUUUGGAAGCAGCUGCGCUAUGCUAUGCCAUGUCGUCGACCGCAGCCCAGCCUCCGCUCCCCCACGGUGGAUGCAGGAGAGCCCAACCCAUUUGCCCACCUGCACACGGUUUCGGCUAUCUCAGUGGCCACGGCGGCAUCCACAGCGGCCGCUCCAGCUCGCCCAGAGCUUCGGUCUGCGCUGCGCAGCUCGUACCGAGCGCAUUCUCUGGCAAGGCAGAAACACGCCCACUUCCGCAGCUAUGACUACGAGCUACCACUGGCUGCAGGGGCCACUCUGCCCGCACAGCCUACCUACUGCAACCUGCCACUUACGCUGCUGAACGGCCAGUGGUCAAGCACCAAGAGUCAGCACAGCCUGGAUGAGCCGCACGCCAACAACAAUGCCAUGCUGCCACUGCUGCCCCGUGAAACCAGCAUCUCCAGUGUCAUCUGGUGA